AAUCUCAAAUAUCAUGAAAAGAAACUUCUGAAAAAAGUCAAUCUAGAUGAGUGGAAAAAGACCAACACAACGAGAGAGCAGCUUGUGACAUCCAAAUAUUUGUUAAAGACCAGAGAUGAAUAUCAAAAAUACAACAGAAUUGUCGGUAUGAUUCGUAAAUUAUCAGAAAGUAUUGCUCGAUUAGCAGAUAAUGAUGGAACUAAGGAAUUUGUAGUAACAGUAUCAUCAAUUUGCCAGAGAAGAUUACCUAUGGUAAUGGUAAGUAAAAAGAUGAUGCCCAAUUUCCAGAAUGCAGAUCAAUUUGUACAACAAGGACAUGUAAAAUUGGGGAACAGGAUUGUAAAUGAUACCUCAAUGCUCAUUAGUCGUGGAAUGAAAGAAUUUGUCUUAUGGGCUGAUCAUUCUAAGAUUAGAAAGAAAAUAGAGGAAUUUAAUCACGAAUACGAUGAUUACAAUUAUAUU